AUGAAGUUCAUCACAGCUGUUGCGCUCUUGGCCUCCACUGCUACGGCUUUGGAGUGGCUGCCUGUCGUGCCCCUUCACGCGCGCCAGGUAACCAGCGGAGCCAAGUACGAGUGCCACGAGAACUGCGGCUAUGCUAUUCUCGGCGCAGCUGAAGACGGCUACUGUACCAACUCCACUUGGACGGACUACUUUGAGGAUUGUUUGCAGUGCGCAAACACCUUCGACAUCUGGCAAUACUACGGAGACGGCGUCACAGAAGCCGCAGACGGAUGCAACCUUGACGCGACGCCAGUCACUGCCUCGAACAGCACGACCAAUGCGACUACCACGGCUGGUGCAUCCUCCACAGCGUCUGCCACCGGCUCGAGCUCGUCUGCUACUUCGAGCACCGACGCCAGCGCUGCCAACAGCAAUCAGCCUGCCACCAUCGUGUUUGCAUUGGCUGCUGUUAUGGCGGCAACCCAACUCUUGUGA